AUGGCAACAGUUCUUGAAUAUCCAACAACAUCAGACGACGAAGAAUCUUUUGAUGAUGAAAAAACAGCAAGUGGUUCAUUUCGAAAUGGAGAUUUUCAAGGACGAGUUUUUAAAUGGACUAAUUAUUUACAUGGAUGGCAAGAAAGAUAUGUUAUAUUAAAAAAUGGAUUUUUAAAUUAUUAUAAAAAUGAAUAUGAUAUUGGUGUUGGUUGUCGAGGCGCUCUUUCUGUUAAACAAGCUCUUAUUCAGUCUCAUGAAUUUGAUGAAUGUCGUUUUGAUAUACGUGUUGGUGAUUCUGUAUGGUAUUUACGUGCUCAUAGUCCUGGUGAUCGUGAACAAUGGAUACAAGCAUUAGAAGAUCAUAAACAAAUGUGUAAAAGUGAAUCCGGUUAUGGAAGUGAAACAAGUUUAAGACGUCAUCCAAGUCUUGGCUCAUUAGCAUCAACAGCGAGUGCCAGUGUUGCUUCAACUGGCUCAUUUAAAAAAGAUCGUAGUUUAAAAGAAAAAUUAAGUGAAUUAGAAACCUUUCGAGAAUUACUCGUACAACAAGUUGCAACAUUACAAACUUAUUUUGAUGCAUGUGCUAAUGCAGUAACAAAAGGAUUUGAACCAUAUCAAAAAGAAUAUGAAAAUGCAACUGAUUUAGAUUUUGAAGAAUCAUUAGAUAAACAUGAUUCAAAAUUAAUAUCAAAUAAUGAUACAAUCAAAAAUUCAUCUAUAAAACCAAAAAUUGAUCGAUUGGCACUUAAUGAUCAUGCAGCUAUGGCUAUUGAUUUUAAAGGAGAAGCUUUAACAUUUAAAGCAACAACAGAUGGUGUUAUACAUAAUGUAGCAUUUUGUAUUGAAUUAAUGCAAAAACGAGAAGAUAUUUGGAGAAAAAAAUAUGAAAAAGAAUUGGAACGUCGCAAAAAAUUUCAAGAUUUAUAUACUAAAAUGAAUAAACAAAAAAUUCCUGCAUUUGGUUCACCAGAUGCGGAAGAAGGACCACAUAGUACAUUAAAAGAAGAAGAAUUUUUCGAUGCACUCGAUCAAUCUCUUGAUCGAAUCGAUCGUGAAAAUGAUAAAUAUCAAUUUUCAUCGAAAUUAUCAUCUCGAUCAAAAUCCUCAACCAAUUCAACAGUAAAUAGAUUAAAAUCUUCAUCUAAAAAUGCUCCAAUAACAGCUACUGACACAACGAUUACAUCAACAUUAAACAAUGAUAAUUUAGUAAACAAAGCUAAACAUCGAUUAUCUGAUGACGUUGAACGUACUGUUCAAGAACAUUUAAAAUAUGUUCGUGAAGAUGUAUCACAUGGUUGGGAUUUAAUACAUCAAGACGGUGAAAUGAAAGUUUAUCGACGUGAAGUUGAAGAAAAUGGAGUUGUUGUUGAUCCACUUAAAUGUUUUCAUACGAUCAAAGGUGUUACCGGUCAUGAACUUUGUCAUUAUUUUUAUGAAUACCAAUAUCGAAUGGAAUGGGAAACAACACUUGAUUCAACAAAAAUAAUUGAAGUAUUAGAUCCAGAUACAGUGAUAUAUUUUCAAGUACAUAAACGCGUAUGGCCAGCUGCACAACGUGACUCAUGUUUUUGGUCUCAUAUUCGAUGUUUAUCGAAUUCAGAUGAAGAUCAACCAACAUGGCUUGUAGUUAAUUACACUACAUCGCAUCCACUUGCACCGAUCAAAUCACCUCAAGUUCGUCUCGUUGCUAAUGUUGCUUUAAUAUGUGAAACAAUUAUAUGUGAACCACCAUUAAAUCCACAAGAUAUUAAACGUGAAAAUAUUCAAUGCAAACUUACUUAUGUUGCUUUUGUCAAUCCUGGUGGUUGGGUGCCCAGUGCAGCAUUAAGAGGUGUGGCAAAACGUGAAUAUCCUCGUUUUCUUAAACGUUUUACAUCUUAUGUAGUUGAACAAACACGCAAUAAACCCAUCCUAUUUUGA